GCCGGUACCAACAAGGGCAGGAGAAAACCGGCCGCCGCCGCCGCCGCCUCCUGCUGCAGCUUGUCUGCCCCCGAGACUCGGCAGGAAAUGGCGCGGCGAAGGAGCCCCAGCCGCCUCUCCCCGCCGCGUUGCCUCCCGGACACGUACAGCUCGGAGCCCGAGGCGGCGGGAGGGGAGGGCGGCCUGGGCCGUCUCAACCUGCCCCAGACAUACCGCGACGAAGCGGGGACGCUGCUGCCCCGCAAGGGCAAGGCCAGGGGCGCUUCCGCGCAGUGCUACAGCAAGCCCCCUUCCGCCGCCAUUGUGGCCGCUUCCGCUCACCCGCGCCGCCUCCCCGCCUGGCAGCACCUGGCCCCGGCCGGCGAAGGCGGCGGCGCCACCCCUUGCACCACCUCGUGUACCACCCUCUACGGCGGGGACCUCCAAGGGCCGCCGGAGCUCCCCAGCCGCUCCCCAGCGAGCAGGUGCGCCCGAGUGGAGGAGCUCCUCCGUGAAGACCAUUGGGCCAGCCCCGUGCCGCGGCCGCUGGAGUAUGGCACCGAUUUCCCCACCGACGCCAGCAAGCCGCCCUCUGUCUGCCCCUCUUCCUUCUCCUUCUCCCAGAUAGACCCCAAAGCCUAUCCCAAGAAGGAGGUCAAGGCGAAGGAGUGGCAGGAACCCUGUGACAGCAGCCCCAGCUUGGCUGACCUCAUGCACUCUCUGAAACAGUAUGAGGAAGAUUACCUCCCUGCCCAGCAGAAUCUCCAUCACCACCAUCACGGGCGUCCCUACAAGUCUAGGAAAGGUGACACCCAGAUCAGUAUCCAGGAUCUAACUGAUAAGAAGUAUGAGGAUUUGAUUCCUGAAAGGGACAAAAAGAUUGCAGCACUGAUGCUGGCCAGGCAUCAGGAAGAAGAAGAGAUGAAGGACAGGCAACUGCAAGUCUCUGAGGCUUGGGAGAAGAUGAGGCGGAAGGAAAAGAAACACAGAGCAAGGUUAGAGAAGGACAGGCGGUAUCAGCUGGCUGAAAGUAUGGAACAGUGGCAAAGGGAUCAGGAUCAAAGGAAAGACAAGCUCAGGUUAGAGGAACAACAGCUGUUGGCAGCUAGGGAGAGAGAGAUGAUGCUGCGUGACAAGAAGUGGAAAAAGCUAGCCAAAGAACAGGAAUGUAGGCGCAGGGAGAAAUGUGAAAAUUCCAGACUUCAAGCUGAGUAUAGGAAGCAUUGCCAGGAAAAACAGCUCUGGGACAAGAGGUUAAAUGAAAGGAAUACCCGGGAUCAGAACUCUCACUUGUACAAAGAAAGGAUGCUACAGGCCUUGGAGAAGAGGCUGAUGAAGGAAAUGGAAAGGAAGAGGAGGAAAAUAGAAAUGAACGAAUGCAAGAGAGACAGGUACAUGCAGUUGAAAGACCAGAUGGAUGACCAACUCAAAGCUGAUGAGCUGUAUAAGAGACUCUGUAUUGAACAAAAGCUUCAGAGGUCACAAGAAAUCCUUGAGCAGCUGCUUGAAGAAAGGAAUAGAGAAUUAAAAGAAAAGGCUUUCAAAGAGGAAGAACAAGGCAUGUUAGCCAAGGUCAGGGCAAAAGAGACAGAGGAAGAAAGGAGGCGGCGUAAGGAGAUGCUGCUGCAGAUAGCUGAGAUGAAGAUCCAGCAGGCCAGAGAAAUUAUGUCCAAAAAUGUCCAAGAUAGAGCACAGCGUAUGAGAGAAAUUAAUUGCAUGAGAGAAAGAAACCACCAUUGCCGCAAACAGAGGCUUGAUUAUGAUGAAAAAUACCACUUAAGAGAAAUGCAAGAAGCUUUACGAAGGAAAGAUCAGAAAAGCAAUCAGAUUCUAAGGCACAAGGAUGCAGCUAUUAAAGAAUCCAGGAGAAUAGCCAAAGCAUCUUAUGACCUUAGAGACAGAGUGAGAGAUCUGAUAAACCAUAAUUCCUUUGAUCAAAUGGCAUUAGAUGCCCAUCGUAAUGCAAGUCUCCUGAGAGGCCUUUAAUGAUAUGUAGGAAUACCUUCCAGACCAUCUUGUGCCAGAAAAAGAUGGUUGUAAUGUGUUUGUUUUGUAAAACUCUGCAUUCAUGUACUGUACACUAAAGUGGUUUUAGCCUUAAAUACUGUUUGACUCAUAAAUGUUUGGGAGGAUUGUGGUUUAAAGGUGUUUACAACACAUAGUUUUUUAAAAAACCUAUCACUUGCAGGUAUUACUUCACUGUGAAAUCAAGUGUCAUCCUUCCUUAAUCCUAGUU